CUCUUCGGUUUCUGUACUGGGUGAGUACUUGACGCCCAUCUUUAUUCCCAUCAGCUUCCCCUGCAUUGGAGCGGUCUGUGGAUCUGCUCUGAUCGGUAACAAGCACCAACGGGCGCAUGACGGCUGUUGAUCAUGUCUAGGCGAAUCACAUGCAUACGCAUGAUCCCAAUCGCGACCACUGGCCCGGCAAAGCCGUCCUACGUUUGGCUCCACCUUUUACUUCGCUUGCUUAUACCCUUUUUUUAAUCAUUAUUAUUCGUUGCAACGCCUCUGACUCUCCAUCAUGGCGGCCAGGUUGAACCAGGUGUAUAAACAUCUAUCUAACGACAAGAAUCCAACAAACAUGUCUGCGGAAAUUUGGGAUAAUGUUCCUCUCGCUCCCCCCGAUAGUAUUUUCAACCUAAUUGCCGCCUACGCGGCGGAUCCAACCCCGCAUAAAGUCAACCUUAGCGUUGGAGCCUACAGGGAUGAUGAUAACAAGCCGUGGGUCUUGCCGGUCGUCAAAAAGGCGACGCAAAUUUUACUCAAUGACCCUACCCUUGAUCAUGAAUACCUUUCCAUCAUUGGAUUCCCAGCGUUCACCUCGGCAGCCGCAAAACUUAUCCUUGGGCCCGAUUCUCCGGCCAUAACCGAGGGACGUGUUGUCAGCGUGCAAACCAUCUCCGGUACGGGGGCCAACCACCUUGGUGCACUCUUCCUCAGCCGGUUUUACCAAUUCAACGGCACCAAGCAAGUCUAUUUGACUAAACCUACCUGGGUUAACCAUUAUGCCGUUUUCAAAAAUGUGGGCAUCGCCCCCGUCGAAUAUCCUUAUUUUGAUCCACGGACCCUUGGUGUGGACUUCGAUGGUUUGAAAUCAGCACUGGAAAAUGCUCCUACCCGCUCCAUCAUCUUGCUGCAUGCCUGCGCCCAUAACCCAACUGGUGUGGAUCCAAACCGUGAGCAGUGGGAGGAGAUCGCGAAGAUCAUGCUAUCGAAGGGGCAUUUCGCGUUCUUCGACAGCGCCUACCAGGGUUUCGCAAGUGGUGAUUUGAACAACGACGCGUGGGCCGUGCGAUAUUUCGCAGACAAGGGGGUGCCAUUGCUAAUUUGUCAGAGCUUUGCAAAAAACGCUGGGCUGUAUGGCGAGCGAGUGGGGGCUCUCCACGUCAUUGCCCCCUCGAGUGAUGCUGCAAAGCGAAUCCGAAGCCAGCUUUCCGUGUUGCAACGGAGCGAGAUCAGUAAUCCGCCUGCACACGGUGCACGAAUUAUGUCGUUGAUUUUGAAUGACCCAAAACUGUCUGAGGAGUGGGAUCAGGAUAUCAAAACGAUGGCCUACCGCAUCAUUGCCAUGAGGGAACAGCUAUACAAAUUGUUGACGGAGGAGUUUAAGACACCCGGCAACUGGGAGCAUAUCAUAAAACAAAUAGGAAUGUUUAGUUUCACUGGGUUGAACCAGCAACAGUCGCUGGCGUUGGGGGAGAAGGCGCACAUCUACCUGACAAAUAACGGGAGAAUAUCCAUGGCGGGGCUGAACACGCACAACAUUAGGUACGUUGCGGAGUGCCUCGACAAGGUAGUCAGGGGGGAAUUAUAAAUUAAAUGUUGGGUUAUAUCCUGUUACAUUAGUCAUGUGACAUAGAAGGAUGAUAGAAGCCAAUAGAAUGUGUUUUUGUGACG